AUGAAGAAAGGACUACAGGACCUCAAACCAUCCACGACCAGCCUGGUAGGAUUCUCCGGAUCCAAAGUCAGGGUUCUGGGUUCCAUCACUCUCCAGGUGACGAUCGGGGGCCCAGAUGUGACGAAGACGCGCCUCAUGGACUUCCACGUAGCGGACUGCCCCUCCGCCUACAAUGCCAUAUUGGGGCGCGGCUUCCUGUCAGCCUCCUCGGCGGUCCCUUCUACCUGCCACAAGAUACUUAAGUUUCCCGCCAAGGGCAGGAUAGGACGCGUCCUUGGUGACUCCCAGCAGGCCAAAGAAUGCUACCAAGCCACCGUCAGGAACUUGGAGGUCGACCAAGUGGACACAAGGGGAAGUCACCCACGCCCCGAAGCGUCCGAGGAAAACGUCGCGGUGGUGCUGGACGACGACGAGCCGGAGAAGAAGGUUAGAAUCGCAGCUCACUUGGCGGAAGAGCAGGCGCGAGAGCUCUUGUCCCUCCUAAAGGAAUUCAAAGAUUUAUUUGCGUGGACGUCGGAGGACAUGCCAGGCGUCCCACGGGAGCUGGCCGAACACUCCCUGUCAAUCAAAAGCAAGGCGCGGCCAGUACAGCAAAGGAGGAGGAACGCCUCCCUUGAAAAAAACAGAUGGCAUUGGAAGAGGAGGUAA